AUGUUUGAGCCGUCGUCCAAUCACCUGCAGCGGGGAAGCCUCUCCCCCUACCCCCCCCCCCCUUCUCCGCACCGGGAGUUGGUGAUUUGGAGCGCAACGCGCAGUGCACUCGUGCCGAGAGGCACCAACAGCUCGCUGCAGCACGGAGGCCAACUCAGCAAAAUGAAAGUUCCAGUCCGAAGUUCCCCUCGGCUGCUCAUGCUGCAGGUGACUGUGGCCGUGCCGCUGUGGAUCAGCUGCUUCUCAUGCUGCUGUGGCGGCACUGGAGAAUCGGUGAGGCUGGAGAAUAAAAUGCUGGAACGACAUCAGACUGACGUGGUCACUCCUGUCUUGGUGCAUUUUCAGCCCAGUUCAACUGGAGAAAAGCCUCUUCGAGCGGCUGCCAGUGUUGGCCCGCAGAAGGGCAUUCGCCCCGAUGCGAAAACCAUCCAGGGCCAUGCUGCAGCCACCACCUCCUCCUCCAAAGUCUCCGCGUACGAAACUUACUCGGCUUCGCCUCCAGCAGCCCGCCCCGGAUCCGUCUCGUCGAGUUCCUUCCAAAGUGCCGCCCGUUGGGCCAGAGGCUCCCCGUCGCCACCGGGGGAGAGGCUGCGCGUUCGGCUCUCCCCGUUCGGGAGGAGCAUGGUGCUCAUCCUGCGACGCGAUGCCCGCUUCCUCGCCAAGGGCUUCUCGAUCGAGGACCGCGACCCCGCUCCCGUCGGAGGCUCGCCGCCCGGGAGCCACCGGACCCCGCGUAGCUCGGCCGCCGGAGCGCCCGAUCCGACCGACGCCGGGGAGGAUGGAGGUCCGCGGAGCAGGCGCAUCGGCGGGCGCGGCGCCGCCACGAAGAACGCGCGCGGCGACGGGGGUUCGACGAAGGGGGCGUCGAGGGACGGUGGAUCCGUGGCCAAAAACAACUCGGGCGUCGCAGAUGUCCACAACACAUUGACGGAGGAGGAGAAGCUGUGCUUUUACAGCGGGUUCGUGCAUGGGCAGCGCAACUCCGCGGUCACGUUGAAUAUGUGCAACGGCCUGCUGGGAUUCAUCCGUCUUGGAGAAGAUCAGCUGUUUAUCGAACCCCUGGCUGGACCAACUGCACCUGCCUCGCUGGGCCUCCAGCAUCUGGUGAGCAGGAGGUCUGGCCUUCACUUCAAGCCCAGUCACGACCCACAGCCUGUCACGCCGGAGGCGCGGGCUGGCUCUGGGCGAGCGCGACGAUCGAUGAAGCUCGCAUCCUGGCCUCGCCGCCUGUCCUCCAGCAAAUACUGCAAGAUCAUCCCAACCAAGAAGACGGAGAGGGGGGCCACGCGGGAGGUUGGACCACGCGGCCGACGGAACGCCAUCCGGCCCCCGGCCCGCGAGUACGCCGUCGAGACGCUGGUGGUGGCGGCGAGGGACGUGGUGGAAGAGCACGGCACUGAGGGCAGCACCAAGCUGCUGCUCACCGUCAUGAGCAUGGUGUACAACAUCUUCCAGCACUCUAGCCUGGCCAUCCCUAUCCACGUGCGCCUGGCCCGACUGGUCCUGCUUCAUGAGCACCCGGAGAGUUUGUACGUGGGCCACCAUGGAGAAAGGACUCUGCAGAGCUUUUGUCGCUGGCAGAACAGCGAGAUGGGCCACGGGGCGUCGUCCCAGGCUCCCCCCUUUGACGCCGCCAUCUUCGUGACCAGGACAGAUUUCUGCGUGCACACGGACGAACCUUGUGACACUGUCGGCAUCGCCUACCUGGGCGGGAUGUGCAGCGACCUGAGGAAAUGCGUCAUCGUCGAGGAGAACGGCCUGGGCCUGGCGUUCACCAUCGCGCACGAGCUCGGGCACAACAUGGGCAUGGGGCACGACGACGACGGCGACGGCGGCGGCAACUCGGCGUGCGGCCUGGGACCCAGCAUCAUGGCAGGCGAGUGGGUGCGCGGGAGCAACAGCAGCGAGCUCAGCUGGUCGCCCUGCAGCCGCUUGGAGCUCCAGCAGUUCCUCAGAUCUCCUGCCAGUGCCUGCAUGAGUGAGACGGAGCAGCAGCCGGGACAGGCGGACGUCACCCACGUCCGUCCGCAAAAUAUUCAGGCGUGUGCGGCGGGCAAGUGCCUAAAUCAGAGCGAGGGUGAGAACAAACCCAAGGAGCCGCCCCGUUCUCCUCCGACCGAGGAAGCCACACGGGGACAACCGGGUCCAGCCGAGGAGAACUCCCAGACUCCUCCGCAGCCGCCGGCAGCCAGAGAGCACGCCAAGGCAGAGCAACCGGCAGACAACGGCCUCCUACAAACAGGAGCUCGGGGCUCGGCGGCAGACGUGGCAGGUGGUGUCGCGGAGACGCCCAGGGAUGCUCGGGGCGAGUGCGGCAGUCAGAGGAGUGUGGACCCGUGGGCCGAGCCACGUGACGGGGCGUGGGGCCCCUGGGGAGGCUGGAGCGGCUGCAAUCAGCCCUGCGGGCCCGGCCUGCGUUACCGGCAGCGGCGCUGCGACCACCCGCCGCCUCGGCCUGGCGGAGCGGAGUGCCGCGGCGGCGACGUGCAACACGGCGUGUGCCAGCUGAUCUCCUGCGCCGAGGAGACCCCCGCGUCCCGCGACCGCCAGUGCCAGGUCCUGCACUGGGGCGGCCCUCCCGCGCCGCGGCCGCGCCGAUGGUCCUCCGUCACUGACCCCGAGCGGCCGUGUGCCCUGUUGUGCACGGCCGGGCGCAAGGAGGGCGCCACGCUGACGGCCGAGUCCGUGCAGGACGGCACGCCGUGCGGACCCUACGAGCGCGACGUGUGCCUCGGCCGCAGGUGCCAGAAGGUGGGAUGCGAUGGCAUCGUGGGAUCGCCGGUCAGGGAGGAUCGCUGCGGCAUGUGCGACGGCGACGGGAAGUCCUGCAAGGUGGUCAAGGGGGACUUCAACCACACACGGGGCACAGCCAGCAGCCAUUGCAAGAAAGUUUCCAUCUGCAGUCUGUCCAAGGCCAAGCUGCCCACCAAGUGUUACUUUUGUUACGUGAAGGCGCUGACGAUUCCUGCCGGUGCUCGCCGGAUCCGUGUGGUUGAACACAAGCCAGCGCACAGCUACCUGGCCGUGAACGACUCAAGCCAGAACUCCAUUAACAGCGAGUGGAAGGUGGAGAGGCCCGGAGAUUACAGCGUCGCGGGGAGCACGGUCCGCUACGUGCGCCGAGGCAUCUGGGAGAAGAUGACCGUCAAGGGCCCCCUGAAGCAGCCCCUCAACGUCAUGGUGCUGCUCUUCCAUGACCACAACGUUGGAAUCCACUACGAGUUCACGGUGCCGGUGAACAGGAGCGCACGGCACGGCGAGCGACCGCGGACGCCCCUCUACAUGUGGACGCACGUCGGCUGGGAGGACUGCAGCGUGCAGUGCGGAGGAGGCGAGGUGCGGAGCAUUUUGGGCUGCACGAAGAUCGUCAACAGAUCCCAGAGCUGCGUGCCGGACCAGGACUGCCGGAACGUGAGCCGGCCCCCGCUGCAGAACCGUCACUGCAACAGUCACCCCUGCCCAAACAGGUGGAAGGUGUCCGACUGGUCGCCCUGCUCGCGCACCUGCGGCAAGGGCCUCCAGACGCGCUCCGUCUCGUGCCACUUGCACCUGCCCGGCGGUGGCUCGGUGCGCACGCGCGACGGCCGCUGCCCCAAGCCGCGGCCGCCCUCGUCCCAAGGCUGCCAGGGGCACGACUGUCUCGGAGUGUGGCAGGCCACCAGCUGGUCCCAGUGCUCGUCGCGUUGUGGGAAGGGCACGCGCGUGCGGACCGCGCAGUGCACGAGCCCGCACGGGCGCUGCCUCGCCACCAGCCGCCCCCGCGAGCAGGACGGCUGCGAGGACUACUCCCAGUGCUACGAGUGGAAGACCGGCGACUGGUCACAGUGCUCGACGAGCUGCGGCCGGGGUCUGCAGUCGCGCGUGGUGCACUGCAUGCACCGCGUGUCGGGCCGCCACGGCAGCGGCUGCGAGGCCGACGGCAAGCCCGUCACGUACCGGGAGUGCGGCGUCGGCGAGUGCGACAGGACCUUCGAUGCCAACACCAUCACCUCCCCGCGCCUCGUUGCGCUGACCUACAAGUGCCUCGGGGACCAGUGGUCCGUGUACUGCCGACUGGUGCGUGAGCGCCAGCUGUGCCGUGACCUGCGCUGGUACCAGCGGUGCUGCCAGACCUGCAGAGACUUCUACGCGGCCGCGCUGCUCGCCUCGGCACCACCACGACAGCCGCCGGUCUUCCCCGCCGCUCGGCCGUCGGGCAGCUAACAAGCGCCGCGGGCGGCCACCAUUGCGCGACCUUCCCACCCCCCACCACCACCCCCCCAACACCGAACUUCACCGAACCGACUCCACUCACUCCGCCGGUACCUUCGCAGCCUUCGAACCCCAACGGUCGACGGCGGGUCAAGCGUUCAGAUGUUUUCGUUUCUACGUGGCGAGAUCCGCUCUGGGUUCAGAGGAGGACUUGUGAUUGUUGUUGUUGUUGUUCUUGUUGUUGCUGCUGUCGUCGUCAUCAGGAAGAAUAAGAGCACACUUGAGAUUGUUAUUCUAAAAGCUGCGACAGUAAGUUUUGUGUAAACGGAAUUUUUAUUGUGACUCUGCAGGGUGCGAUGGUGAUGAGUUACCAACAGCUCGUUAAUUACUGGUGCUCAAAGCGGACGUGUUGGCGUUAAACACUUGUCACCUCCAAGCAGCCGAGCAGCCAAAUCUGAGUAGCAACUACCUCUAAACAGUGCACCUCAUAGUCUGAGGCAUUUUCAACGUUCGUUUUUUUUUAUAUAUAAAAAAUUAAAAUGUAAACUCCGGUUUACAAAUUCACUCUGUUAAACUCGGCUCAUAUGACAAUGGGGAAACGCUGCUGGUUAUGAUUGUUUCUUUUUUUUAAUCAUCAAAAUUCCUGUUCACAGUAGGAAGUUAUUGCUGCUUAAACACUUGAAUGAACCUUCAUCAUUGACCGCGUGGGAAAGUGAGUCAACAUCUGUUGCUGCAUUUCCUGUUUGAGUCCAAAUACUUUACAACAAACUCAGAUGGAAAUAUGUUGUAGAGUAUGGUUGCUGAAUAUAUUUUGGUGGUUGCUGAAUAUAAUAGUUUUAUAUAUAUAUAACGAAUAACAAUUGUGUACUUAAAGUGUGUUCUUGACAACGGUAACUUUUGACCACGACUCAUUACUAAGUGGCUUGAGUCUCGCUAUGAUGCAAAUAACGUCCCACAAGUGAUUCGGCUAGACAAGCGAUCUCUUCAUCGAAAUUAGUUUGUGCUGUGUCUUAUGCACAAUAUCCGUUUUCACUAUGCUUUAUGGACAGAGACGCACGGCAUCACAGACCCAUUAACGUUUCGCUCAACUCUCGGCGGUUGAACCCUUUCACACACGUGAGAUCGAGGCCCAGUGCAUGUGUACCUACGUCAGUAAAUUGUGCUCUCUCUUGGAACGGGCAGAUGGUAAUACAUCUCUAUUCCAGUCUCCCCACUUUCUGAAGUAUUCUUCUGUGUUGACACCGCAUUUUACGCGAUUGUAAGUUGAUGUUCUUCUUACCCUCUCUCUCGGCACCCAUCUCUUCUUUUGCCCCGUGCGAAGUGGGGGUGCAACGAUCCAUUUAUUCAUCAAUGAUACCUAACCUCAUGGUAACACGUUUAAUCACGUGCAUGAGACUGUUUUUCAAUUUGUAUAUGAUGUAUGCAAAGCGUCCAACGUCACCCCUGCAGCCACUAGACGGUGCGACCAUUCACCACAAUGUAGAAAUUUUAAAAGAUUGGUUCUUAAUCGGACCACAAUUCCGAAAUGGGACACUUCAUUUGACGUCGACGAUUAGCUCACAAACGCAAAGAGAACAUGCAGCCAAAUCAGGACAGGGAGGUGACAAUAUCCAAACCUUGAAUCGCUGCACACCAACCUUUCCCGUCGCGGUGAAGCCAAGACGGGAUAAGUCGCUUGGCUGAUAUCGGUGCUACGUUGUAUACGGCACACAUAUCCGCCCAUUAUCCAUAAACGCAAUGAAGUGAACUGGUGCUUGCUCUUAUAGGUGUAAUGUAUUCACGUUUAUAAAGGUAUACAGACGUGUCCAAGCACAUGCUGCUCUUUUGGUGGGGAGGAAUGGUGCUAAAUUAAACUUGCACUGAAUUAUAGAAGCAGCUUUUUUAAAUUACAUUGCAUUGGGUGUUUUUAAAUGAAAAACUUUGACAGCUUAAACAAAAAUCACGUGUAUUUUAUAAUGUAAAUAAAAUAAAGGAAAUUGCCGGUGGUGGUGUACAAGUACAAAUGAACACAUCUCAUCGCUUCGCUGACUUUUCUGAUUUGUAUUUUGAUUUUGGUUUACCAAAUAAGUCGCCGCGUUCUGUCAGCAUUAUUUUUCAAACAUCAAUAUAAACAACUAUUAUAUAUAUUUAAAAAAAUAUGCACAUGGUUAUAUUUAAAAUAUGAAAUGUGUUUUCGCAUUAUAUAGACCACGUAGAAAUAUAUAAAUUCAUUUUUUCGUAAAGGUCUUUACCACAGUGAUCAUCAUUGUCAUUGGAAUUUUAAUCAUCCUCAUUUUUUACUCAUUCACAGAAAACUUUCUGAACCUUGAACAAUAUAUGUACAGACGACGUUUGAGAUUCCCAUUGCCAGAUCUGCUGCGAUGUCGUCUACGAGCCUGUGUGAAUUUUUGCUACUGAUUCUAGUAAAAAAUAAGUAUAACCCGUAAAAACAAAGUUUUUCACUAUAAAUCCUUUAUAUGCGUGGCAGCUAGAGUCCUCUCGUCCUCUGGCUUGAGAUGGCUGCCACCUAUGGGUCAGAUGAUUGUCUGCCAGUAUUAAGCAAUUGGUAAUUAAAUAUUUAAUUUGUUUUCCCUAAACAGUGUAAAAUUUUGGAAAAAAAUUUCACGAACAUUAAUUGUCUCGCACAACGAGUCUGUGUGCAAAAUGUCAGCUCGAUUGGAUCACGGGAAGUGGGUUAAAAAAACGACCGAAAGAUUUGCACGGUCGUAAGCAAGCAAGCACGCAAGCACGCAAGCAAGCAAGCGAACUUAAUAUAAAGGAUUUAAAAAUGAAAACAAUUAUUAGAAUCCACUUAAAGACUUGCAUCUGUUCCAAACGUUACCCACCACCGCACACACACUCAGUUCAUAAUGCAAUAGACGUACGCUAUAUAUAAUUACCAUAAACAAUUAAAUCGUUGUUGUAUAUUGUUUGCUGAACAUGUUAUUUCCAAGAUGAAAUAUACUGUUUCGUCAAAACUAUUUUUGUUGUUGGGUCGACGGAAGUUGGGUAUGAAAACUGCGUUGCUGCAAAAUGUAAUUACAAGCCUCGUGAGGAAAGUA